AUGCAGGCAUGUCAGCAGGAAAACCUGUGGAAGCUGCAAGUAUAUCAAGGUCUGUCGGUGUUUCCAGUGAACACUACGAACCUGAGCAAAUGCACAUCAAAGACACAGCAAAUCAUGGAGCUUGAUCCUGAAUUCCGCGAAGUCGAGCUAAGGGCAGUGCCCACAGCUCGCGCCGACCUGACUAACAGGGUCCUCCCCCAGAUGAUGUUGGGCCAGGGCAAUGUCCCCGGUUCACUGUCAGCUCCUCCCCCACCUCUGGGUGAUGCCUCCCCCGCAACCCCCGCAAUGCGGGCUAUCGAGCGCUUCGCCGUUACUGGCAACGCCGUCAUCACCGGCGGCGCCGGCGAUCUCGGCUACGCAGCGUCUCGGGCUCUGCUCGAGCACGGGCUUAAAGGCCUUAUGAUCUUUGACAUGAAUGCCAAGGACGCGGCCGAGAAGGUCAAGUUGCUGCAGUCAGAGUUUCCCAGCGCCAGGAUCCGCUUCACUCGGGUUGAUGUUGCUGAUGCGGAGGCUGUCGCCGCUGCCGUCGCCGAGACCGCCAAGGUACUAGGGAGCAUUGACAUACUCCUAUGCUUUGCCGGUAUGGUCUCAUGCCAGCACGCCGUCGAUAUGCUGCCCAAUGAGUGGAACAGAGUCAUGAAUGUCAACACCACUGGCGGCUUCCUCUGUGCUCAGGCUGUCGCACGUCAGAUGAUCAAGCAGGACACUGGUGGGAGCAUGGUGUUUGUCGCCAGCAUCAGCGCCCACCGCGUCAACUACCCGCAGCCUCAGGUCUCUUAUAACGUUUCCAAGUCGGGUGUCAUGGCUUUGGUCAAGAGCUUGGCUGCUGAGUGGGCGAGGCAUGGGAUCAGGGUCAACAGCAUCUCCCCUGGAUAUAUGGACACUAUCCUGAACGAGGGCAUUGGCCUGGAUAAUGCGAGGAACAUCUGGCUCAGUCGCAAUCCAAUGCGCCGAAUGGGCCAGCCAGAUGAACUCGCUGGUGCUGUGGUCCUACUUGCUAGUAGAGCUGGGAGUUACAUCAACGGUGCUGACAUUCUGGUAGAUGGUGGUCAGACAUUGUUUUAG